GUGAGGCAACGGCAGGGGCUGAGGCAACCUCCAGCCCAUGCCCUGGCAGGUGGCGGUAUUGGGGUGGGUCAGGAAGGCCCUUGGUUGGGUCUUUGCAUCAGACUCAGGCUGGGCAUAAAGGGGGCUUCCUUAGGCUGAGGGGAAGACAGACUUGGGGACCAUGGAGACCCAAAGACACAGCACCCCCCUGGGUCAGUGGUCACUGUUGCUACUGCUGCUGGGCCUGGUGAUGCCUCUGGCCACUGGCCAGACCCUCAGCUACCAGGAGGCUGUGCUCCGGGCUGUGGACAGCCUCAACCAGCAGUCCUCGGAUGACAAUCUCUACCGCCUCCUGAAGCAGGACUUGGAGCUCAAGGAUGAGGAUCCGGACACCCCAAAGCCUGUGAGCUUCACGGUGAAGGAGACAGUGUGCCCCAGGACAACACGGCAGCCUCCCGAGCAGUGUGACUUCAAGGAGAACGGGCUGGUGAAACAGUGUGUGGGGACCGUCACCCUGGACCAAGCCAAUGACUACUUCGACAUCAACUGUGAUGGACCCCAACGUGUCAAGAGAAUUCGCCCGCUGCAUCGUCGCAUCUGGAGACCUCCGCGGAUGCGUUUUCCGAGUAACAACAGACUCUGCAAGAUAUUGAAGAUUUGUUAACGAAUCUCGCACCUAGGACAGAGUCUUAGAGUCCUCCCUGCCCUGGCUCAGGCGUCUAGGUUCUGAAAAAUAAACUCUUGUACAAGCAGCUUC